AUGGACCCCCUCACGGCCAUCAGCCUUGCCGGGAACAUUCUUACAUUCAUUGACUUUUCUUAUAAAAUCAUUUCCGGAGUAAAUAAUGUCCUUUCUACUCCGAAUGGCAUGACCCCGGAUAACGAACGUCUGAGUGUUUUGGUGGAAGGUUUGAAUGCUGUCACGCAGAACUUGGUCACGGACAUCCCCGCCCGGACCGAAAACGAAAAGCAGCUCUGCGCCUUGGCUACCAACUGCCAUUCCUUGUCCGGAGAGCUCUAUCAAAUCCUCGGACGUUUGAAAGUGGGAGAUAAGAAAUCGAAAUGGGAGGGCCUAAGGGUGAAGUGGCAUAAUAUGCGGAAGGAGAAGGAGAUUGAUUCGAUUGAGCGACGACUGAAUGGGUAUCAAUCUCAGAUUUUGAUCCGAUUACAAGUCAUGUUCAGGUAG